GUCCGGGUCGAGCUUCAUGUUGAAUAUGUCCGCGGCUCACAACUUCCGAAACCGGAAGUUCGCGGUGGCAGCAGCUUCAGCCGAGCGCGUUUCCCCACAGUAGCAUUGGCAUUACCCGUCGGCAAAGGCAACAGUCAGCAUGUGUUGGAGAGUGGACCACGAAGAUUGACAAAGAGGACCCCGGUGUGGUGAUACUCUUAGUCAAGCAGCGUCAUCAUCUCUUGCAUCGCUGUAGUAAAAUUGGAUCAAGCGAAACCGCCGCCAUUUGAUGACAACCAGCACGACAUGCCCGGCAAGCUCAACCUCCUCUUCGUCCGCCACGGCGAGACACAAGACAACAUCGACAAAGUCCUCCAAGGCUGGCGCGACACCGACCUCACCGAAAACGGCCACAAUGACGCGCAAACAGUGGCGGGCAAAGUGAAGGGCCAGCCCAUCGAUGCAGUGUACCACUCGCCUCUCAAACGCAUCAAGCAAACCAUUGCCCCCAUCCUCAAAGACCACCCCGAUGCCCCCACCACCGAGGACCCGGACUUGAGAGGGCAGGGAAUGGGCGAGCUGGAAGGCGGGAGUUACGAUCUAGUCGACAUGAGUAAUCCGCGCAGCGCGAACGGCAAGCCGGGCGUAGAGCUGUUUGAUGAUUUUCUGCGGCGGCUGUUGCGAGCUAUGGCGAGAAUUGUGGGGACGCAGGCGCCGAAAGUAGGGGGAGGGGGUGGAGGGGAGCGGACGGUGGUGGUGGCGACGCAUGGGGUGUGCAUUACUUCCAUCUUUAAGUGUUUGGAGGGCACGCCGCAGUGUGAGGGCUUCUUCUCGCAUGAACUUGCCUCGCGCGGCCCGGAGGCUUAUGAAGUCCGGUAUCCUGAUUCCACCGAUGUUGCGAAAUUGGUGGUGGAGGAUGUGGCGGGCUUGCCUAUUAAGGAUGGGGUGUUGGAUUGGGAGGGGAUCAAGGGGACGCCGUUUGUGAUUGAGCGCUGGGGCAGGAAGGAGAGCAAGUUGGCGGCGGAUUAUUAUAGCAAGUGAGGAUUCACUUGGAAAGGGAGAUGGACAUUACUGCUGCUGUGUAGGACAAUGCUAUCCGGUCG